AUGUCCAAAGCAGACGGUGACCUGGACCGAGACCGAGCAUAUGAUCUAAGAGUCCGACGACAAGUGACAACGUCCAAAGCAGAUGGUGACCUGGACCGAGAACGAGCAUAUGAUCUAAGAGUCCGACGACAAGUGACAACGUCCAAAGCAUAUGGUGACCUGGACCAAGACCCAGCAUAUGAUCUAAGAGUCCGACGACAAGUGACAAUGUCCAAAGCAGAUGAUGAUCUGGACCGAGACCGAGCAUAUUAUCUAAGAGUCCGACGACAAGUGACAAUGUCCAAAGCAGACGGUGACCUGGACCAAGACCAAGCAUAUGAUCUAAGAAUCCGACGACAAGUGACAACAUCCAGAGCAGAUGGUGACCUGGACCGAGAACAAGCAUAUGAUCUAAGAGUCCGACGACAAGUGACAACGUCCAAAGCAGACGGUGAACUGGACCGAGACCGAGCAUAUUAUCUAAGAGUCCGACGACAAGUGACAAUGUCCAAAGCAGACGGAGACCUGGACCGACACAGAGCAUAUGAUCUAAGAGUCCGAAAACAAGUGACAAUGUCCAAAGCAGACGGUGACCUGGACCGAGACCGAGCAUAUGAUCUAAGAGUCCGACGACAAGUGACAAUGUCCAAAGCAGACGGUGACCUGGACCGAGAACGAGCAUAUGAUCUAAGAGUCCGACGACAAGUGACAACGUCCAAAGCAGAAGGUGACCUGGACCGAGACCGAGCAUAUGAUCUAAGAGUCCGACGACAAGUGACAAUGUCCAAAGCAGAUGGUGACCUGGACCGAGAACGAGCAUAUGAUCUAAGAGUCCGACGACAAGUGACAAUGUCCAAAGCAGAUGGUGACCUGGACCGAGAACGAGCAUAUGAUCUAAGAGUCCGACGACAAGUGCCAACGUCCAAAGCAGAUGGUGACUUGGACCGUGACUGA